GGAAUCCAGCCUUGCCACGCCAUCACCUAAGAGCCUCAAUUCAGCCUGGCUCUAUUGUCCUGCGCCGCACUAAAUCCACCAGUGAUUUAUUCACGGGAUCGCCCUCGUGAAGCGCCGGCGUCUGACCUGUUCCUGAGCCACACAGACUUUACAAUACACCUGAAAAGAUGGAGCAGUCGCUAUCUCUCAUUUCUGCUCAGGUCCAGUUCAUGGACGACCGACUGGCCCUCGUCCAUAUUCCACUGGACCUCUACCCGUAUUUUUUGAAUCCAAUCCUUCAGGUCCUUUUUCAUGAGGUACCUCCAGUUAGUGGGAAUCCUGCAGAUUUCCAACAUGGGGGCCCCGACGGUGUCCACAAACGCUCUCAACCUGCGUUCUUGAACCUCUCCAUCACACCUGUGGAAUGUUCUAUUAUGUGUCCUAGGCAACUCGCCAAUGACUAUUUCGCUCCAAUGGUUGAACGGUUUGCGAAAGAUAACGUAUCGAACCCGAGCCGCUUGUCUAUUAGCCGUGAGGAUUUCAUUGCCAUGCAAGUUUAUGGAGAAGGCCUCGAGGCAGGCCAACGAGUACUCGAACUCACCAGUCCAUUAGCGAUGGCGGGAAUCUCUAUAUUCUUUAUUUCCACUUACUUCUCAGACUAUAUCAUUGUUCCUCUGCGUAGCAAGGCGCAGGUAAUCCAAACUCUGGAAAAGCGUGGGUUUCAAUUCGAGAUGUCAACGGACGCAUUCAUCAACAACAACCAGUUCAACAGUUGUCUCAGUCCCGUGUCCCCUCGGUCCACCAGCAGCCUGGGAUCUCCCCCACCCACUCCCCCACCAUCGUCACUUGAUGAAUUACAGACUCGCACUUUUUCUUCCUUACGAAAGAAUAGCAUCACUCCUUCGGUUGAUAAAUCUCUCCGCUUAGUUCAAUGUGCGGUUCACCAUCGUGACAGCAGUGAGGUCAGCUCUAUAUCUAUACUGCGCGAUGCGCUGACAAUAGCGCUUGUCGUGGACAAGCCACGCUUUCUAUCUCUUACCAUGACGGCUGCCGAUCCUGCAGCCUCACUCUUGUUGGAACAGCGGCUUUUGCCUCGAUUCUCGAGUGACCCUACAGCCCCUGCCGAGCCAGAUGAUGAAACCAGUCUCUUAUUGGGCUCGAAAGAGGAGAUCCUCGUUCCUAUAGUGCUAGAUCUGCGCAGGCUUCCAUUAGAAGCUACUGGUAUUGUUUGUGGCGUAGCUGGUAGGUUGGCAGACGCUACGCAUGCUCGAGGCGAUGACAUCAUGGAUGGUUCUUCCACAAUUAUGUCUCAUUCUUUCAAUGGUUUUUCUUCCUUUGAUGACACCAUGAAUCGGUUUUUCUCUUCGAGCGUCGGAUCAGGCGGGCCCGUGAAACCUCCAACCCCUGGUUCUGGACGCAAAUUAGCCAGCAACGGCAAUCUGACCCACCACCUGGAGCCUGACUUGGACAGCUCAAUAGAGGCUGUUGAGAUCAGCUUCCUCAGCACUGCACGAGCGGGGACCAUUAUUGUCGGUGAGCACGAGCUUCAGCGCGCCGUGGAUGCUUUGGAAGCCGAGAGUCAGGAGCCCGAGGGCCUUGAAGGAUUCGAGAUAUGAUUAUAUCUACCUUGCGGCCUCCGAUUAUACUCUGCCUUCGACUCUCAAACGUACCGCCGGCCUUCCGCAGAAGAUACCGAGGCUUACUUUUAGCUUGUCUUAUUUUUGAGAACAUCUGUGGCAACUUGAACUCUCUUCUUCCCAUUAACGAUUUACGCUCGGAUUACGUUGAAGUCUACCAUAAUCUGCUAUACUGGCGCCCAAAAGUUCUCGUCUCAUCAUUUUGGACAAUGACACGAUAUGGAUAACAGUACAUUCUUGUUUUAAACCUUUUUUUUUUUUUUUUUUUACUUAAACUUGUAUUGAUAGUUAGCGAAGUUGUCCGUCUUGGUAUGAGAUGCCAUGAUUGAUGUUCAUGCUUUUGAUUGGAGAUUAGAUAUCUAAGUUUGGAUUGUUAUCGAUAUCCACGGCGCUUUGACUACUUGCCAUUUAUCUUGCACUUCGUAUUCUUUGUUCUUAGGAUGACUAUUUUUGUUCAGACUGGGAUUCUAUCUCCACUAAUGACAAUUCCAUAGAACUUCCAAGGCAAACCUCCAUCACCUGAGA